AUGGAGGAGAUCAUCAAGAAGUUGAACCCCGCGGAGGUAUCAACUUUGAUGAAGCUAAUGAAGUUGUCGGCUGGGAGGAAUCUGGAGGGUUAUCUGACAGGAGAGGUGACAGAGCCGGAGGAGGACUCGGAGGGAAGAGAUGAGUGGAAGUCCACUCAUAUGUUGGUGUACAUAUGGCUUCUCAAUUCAUUGGUCCCGACGAUCGCAGCCACAGUGGAUGGCAUUGAGAAGGUGAAGGACGUCUGGGAGAAGUUGAGGAGGACAUAUGACGGAGUCGGGAAUAACCUGAGGGUAUUCCAGAUUAAAGGGGAGGUCGACGCCACAGUCCAGGGAGAGAGGACUGUACAGGAAUAUGCUACAGAAUUGGAGCGUCUGUGGCUGGGUUAUGAUCAUUUUUCCCCUCGGGCUAGCUGCAAGGACCCGGGGUGUAAAGAACGGGAGGCCUUUCUACAGGAGAGGACUAUGGUGUUUCUCAAGGGAUUGACAUCAGAGUUCGCUCAGCGAAUCGCAUUGCUACUAGCUCAGCCGAAGAUUCCCACACUUGAGGAGGCUCAAUGGCAGCCUCUAGCAACACUGGAUCUAGGGGAGAGACUCGACAGUGCUACAACUGCGGCACGGUGGGUCAUCUAA